AUGAACAAGAAUGGCGGCGGUCACGGCGACGGCGGCGCGUGGAAGCCGGCGGUGAUGAUGAUCGCCGGUCAGGUAAUGUUGUCGGGGAUGAAUAUAUUGUUGAAACUGGCAGCCAAUGAUGGGAUGGAUAGUCGGGUUAUCGUGGCUUAUCGUUUUGUUUUCGGGGCUGUUUUCAUGGCUCCCAUUUCAUUCUUUUCCGAAAGAAAAUCAAGGCCGAAAUUGACAUGGAAAGUCUUCUUCUACGCCUGUCUUGCUGGUUUAUUCGGAGGUUCAUUGGGCCAGAAUCUGUAUCUACAAAGCUUGGUCCUGACAUCUGCAACAUUUGUCUCAGCCAUGCUAAAUCUUGUUCCUGCUGUCACAUUUCUCGUCGCCCUUUGCUUCAGGUUGGAAAAGUUAGGCUGGAAAACAGCAGCAGGCAAAGCUAAGAUGUUGGGAACAAUAUUGGGAAUAGGCGGAGCCAUGGUGUUCACAUUUUACAAAGGUCCAGAUGUCACCAUUUGGGAUACAAAACUAAACCUUCUGGAGCUAACCAGCAGCCAUCAUUCAGCCACCAAACCAGCAGCUGCUGGAGGUCUCAUGAAUUUCACAUCAGCGGUUUCGAGUGCUGUUUACGCAGUUUGCAUGCAAAGAGACCCCAGUGAAUGGAAGCUAGGAUGGAAUAUACGACUCCUAGCUGUUGCUUACUCGGUAAGGUUUAUGAUUUUCAUGACCGAAGGGAUUGUCUGCUCCGCGGUACUGUUCACCAUAAUCGCGGUAGUUGUACGAAUGAAAGGUCCAACAUUUGCUGCAGUUUUCAAUCCUUGUGUGCUUGUGGUUACUGGCUUGGUCAGUUCGCUAGUGUUGGAGGAGGACCUAUUCUUGGGAAACUUGCUGGGAGGAUUGAUCAUAAUUAUCAGUUUAUAUAUGGUAUUGUGGGGGAAGAAAAAAGAGGCAGAGAAGAGUAACAAAUUGGUGCCGAUCGAGAAUGCAACUACUCCCGAUUUGGAAAUGCAGGAGAAGGAGGAAGUUGACAAGAAGAACAGUAGUACAACUAAUGUGUAA